AUGAUGCCCCCUCCGCCGGAUCCGCCGGAUCCGCCGCCGCCCCUCCGCGCGGCGCACGCCGGCGCGUUCGGCGAUCGCGCCGGCGACGUCGCGGUCCAGGACACCAACGACGAGGCGUGCGCGUCGAAACUCUCGUGCGCCAACGCCGGGUACAUCGUGGACGAAUGGGCGCGACACUUCGUGAAGCCCGGGCCGAUGGGCAGGGUCAAGAAGUAUCCCCCGAUCAUCAACCGCGGGUACUACACGCGCGUCGCGACGAUGCGCAACGUCAUCGAGUGCUUCCUCCGCGAGUGCGUGCUGCCGGGCGACGCGCGAGACGGCGUGCUGUCGCGCAUAACGCGACGGCAGAUUGUCCAGAUCGGCGCGGGCUUCGACACGAUCUACUUCAGGCUUCGACAGAAAGCCGCCGCGCCGCUCACGUACCUCGAGUUGGACUACGCGGAGGUGGUGGACAAGAAGGCGCGGGUCAUCAACGCGAAACCGGAGCUGGCGGGGCAGAUGAUGUCCCCGUCGCACUCGUACAGGGACGACGGAGGGUACAGGCUCGUCGCCGCGGAUCUGAGGGACGUCAACUCCCUGAACGACGCCGCGGCCAAACACCUGGACCCCGAGGUGCCCACUCUGAUUAUAUCCGAGUGCUGUUUGGCGUAUCUGGAGCGUCACGAGGCGGAGGCGGUUGUUCGGUGGUGCGCGGAGGUCACGUCCGCGUGCGAGGCGUCCGCGUUCGUGCUGUACGACCCGAUCAACCCGUCAGAUGCGUUCGGGCGGCAGAUGGUGAUGAACGUGGCGGCGCGCGGGUCGCCGCUUCGGGGAAUAUUGGGGAGCGUUGGGGAGCAGACGGAUCGAAUGUCGCGUUGCGGGUUUCGAAGCGCGGGGUGCGUGGACAUGAACGAGACGUGGGACUACCUGACGCGGAGGAACUCUGCCGACGUGGCGCGGGUCGUGCGUCUGGAGAUGUUCGACGAGAUCGAGGAGUGGCGGCUCAUACAGGCGCACUACUGCGUGGCGUGGGGGGUGAACCAACUCGACGGGGGCGACGCGUUGCUCGACGCGAUUAAGCUCAAGUGA